AUGGGUACGCCGCCAUCGGAAAAUCCAAUGAUUGGAUAUCGGUUAGGUGAAGAUGAAGGGGUGUAUGAAUAUCGGUGGCUGGGGAACCAUUUUAUUGUAAACAACAGAUACUCGAGUAGAAUCAUGGAAAAGCAUACUUCGUACUCGUAG